AUGUAUUGCCAGAAGUGCCGCACACCCAUCAAGCUCGACGGCUCACUGGAGGACCUAAAUCCCGCCGCCUUCAAGCUCCUCACAGACUCUACGACCCCCUCCGCACAGCAGCGACCUCUCUCCGUACACCAGUCCCGUCCCGCCUACUCGCAAGACCGCCGCGAUGCCUACGACCGCGUCUCCAGCCGAGCGUCGCAGCCAACCUUCCGCCGCAGUAUCCCCUCGAGCAGACAUGGCCGCGAGUCCCGGCAUCACCCGUCCAUGUCCUUCGUCAUGCUCACCGAAUCUCAAGUUGUGCCCCAAGCCCCGCACAUCGUGCCUGACGGUGGCCGCCCGGACAGUGCAGGACUCGACGGGGAUCAGAACAUGUCGGAUAAGAUGGAGACAGUGCAACGUUUAUUUGAAGUUCUGUCCGCCCGCUCGGAUAUCGAUCAGCCCAUCUGCGUCGAAUGCACCGAUAUGCUAGUCGAAGGGCUGCAGAAGCGGCUUGGGGCCGCCACAAAAGAGCGUGACGCGUACGUCGAGUAUCUGCGGCAGGCCAACGCGGAUAUACCCAGCGAGGAGGAAGUGGCGCUGGCGCGCAAGCAGCUGGAAGAUGCACGCGCGGCUGAGGAAGUAGCGAUGAAAGAGCUAGAGCGGCUAGAGCAAGAGAAGGCGGCGAUGGAUGAGGAGCUGCUUGCGCUAGACGCCGAAGCACAAGAGCUAGACAAAGAGGAGGAGGCGUUCUGGAAGGAACGUAACGCCUUUGCGGUCACGUUGGCGUCGUUCCAGAGCGAGCGUGAUCGUGUCAACAAUCGGUACGAUCACGACAUAAAGCAGGCACAGCGGCUGCAGCGCACCAACGUGUACAACGAUACCUUCACCAUCGGCCACGAUGGCAACUUCGCGACCAUUAACGGGUUGCGCCUAGGCAGGACGUCGGCAGUCAUGGUAGGCUGGGAGGAGAUCAACGCUGCGUGGGGGCAGACGUGUUUACUUCUGGCAACGGUUGCGGAGAAGGUGGGCUACACAUUCAAGGGCUAUCGCCUGUGUCCCAUGGGCUCGACUUCAACGAUCGAGAAACUCGACUUCCCUCCAUCCGCAUCUACCGAUGACGCAGCGCACCCGCCGAAGCCCAAGGUCACAGUGCUGGAGUUGUACUGCAGCGGUGACCUCCCACUCGGCUUGAAUUUCCUGCACAGGAGGUUUGACAACGCCAUGGUUGCUUUCCUGGAGUGCCUGCGGCAGAUGGACGAGUUUGGAUUCAAGCUGCCGUACACGAUCCGGAAGGACAAGAUCCGCGACGCGAGUAUCAAGCUCAGCUUCAACCAGGAGGAGACGUGGACGCGGGCAUGCAAAGAUACGCUUAUCUGCUGCAAAUACCUGCUUGCGUCAACCAGCGAUAUGGACCAGCGGCAGCGCAGCGCCACACCGACGACACGGCGAUGA